AUGGUGCUCCUCACCCCAAAGUUCGUCCAAAGAGCAUCGCUCUUCGUGUCUUUCGGGGGUUUGGUCACAACCUUCGUCACGACAUUUCUGCCACUAUGGAAGACGAUGAACUCGGACCUGAAUGAAAUGGAGAACUGGUACGAGGGUCUUUGGCACAUGUGUAUCUACACGGAGGAAGUUGGCUUGCAUUGCAAAGCCUUCGAGUCUUUUUUAGCUCUACCACCAGAUACUUUUGCAUCACGGGUGUUCAUGUGCAUCUCCAUCGUGACGGGGUUGCUCGGCGUGAUCGCUGCGUUUUUCGGACUGGAGGGCGUUGAGAUCGGAGCUGGACGAGAGAGGGCGAAGAGAAAGCUUCUCAUAUUGGGUGGAGUGUUGAUAUGGGUCUCUGGGAUUACGACUCUCGCUGCUGUGUCGUUGAUGGCGUACAUAAUGGUGGUGAAGUUUUGGGAUGAGAACCUUCCAGAUGUGAUGCCACGGUGGGAAUACGGAGAGGCCAUGUUUUCAGCCUGGUUCUCUGGACUUCUGCUAGUCGUCGGGGGGACGUUUCUCUUCGUCGCCGUCUGCAUGGGCGAUCACGAAGCAAAACUGCAAAGUCAAAUCCUCGCCAGCAACCAAGAGCAUCGGCCGACUACUCAACAUUACAGAAAAACUGAAAUCAUAUAGAUUCCAUCUUCAGGCUUGUGAUAGAAGAAUGCAUUCUUCCCAGCUUAUGAUUCAUAAACAUGGUGAAAUUGUUAUAUGAAAUGAACAAAUGAUUUUAUUCGAAUCUGAUUUUUUUCAGAAUUCAUAUUUCAUCA